UAAUUAUUCCCCACUCUUUGUCGCACAAACCCAAACACAAAGCCACCAUCGCUCUCUUCUACGCUGCAGAUUUCUUCUUCACCAUAUAUAACUUGAAUAUCCCUCGCUACCCAUUUCCCCAAUUCCAGCAUUCGAUUCGAUUCGAUUGUUGGCACAGAAAUGGAGAAUUCAGAAAGUAACAAUAAUAAUAAUAAUAAUGAAGCAGCCAAAACCACAGCGGUUGAUGACAACACUCACCAAUCAGGAAACCCUAAUGGGUCUGAUGGGAAUGCUAGUCUGCAAGUGAAUGCAAAUGGGGAAUCCGAUGCUGCUCUUCAUCAACCCGGAGCUUCACGGAGAACUCCUUUCACCGACCUUAGUCAGGUCGAUGCUGAUCUUGCUCUCGCCCGCACCUUGCAAGACCAGGAAAGGGCUUACAUGAUGCUUAGUAUGAACGAUGAUGGGAUUGAUUAUGGGAGUUGGGAUGCUGGGAGCUAUGGCCAUGAUGAGGAUGAGGAUGAAGAUUUUGAUGAUCCAAGCGAAGAAGAAGAUGAUGGUAGUAAUGUGGAUGAGGAUGAUGAAGAUGCAUUUGAUGUGCAUGCUCAUGAAGAAGCUAGUGAGGAUGAGAACCAAGGUGUUGAGUUAGACCCAUCAGCUUUUUCUAGUGAUGAGGCCUAUGCCAGAGCACUACAGGAUGCUGAAGAGAGAGAAAUGGCAGCUAGAUUAUUGGCCCUUGCUGGGAUAAAUGAAAUGUAUGUUGGACAAACGCAAGAUGAAGAGGAUCGUGCUAUUAAUUCCCAGGAUGCAUGGGAGGACGUUGAUCCUGAUGAGCUUUCUUAUGAGGAACUUAUAGCACUAGGUGAAGUUGUUGGAACUGAGAGCAGGGGGCUUUCUGCUGAUACAAUUGCCUCUUUGCCUUCAGUGAUCUAUAAGACACAAACUGCAUCAGAAGGAACCACUGAUUCGUGUGUUAUAUGUAGAUUGGAUUAUGAAGAUGGUGACAAAUUGACUGUGCUGUCCUGCAAACAUACGUAUCAUUCUGAAUGCCUCAACAAUUGGUUACAAAUAAACAAGGUGUGUCCGAUAUGUAGCACUGAGGUCUCCACCUCUGGAAACAGCUAGUGUACCUGGAGAGAGGCUAUUCACAAUACAAUACAAUACAAUGCAAUAUUGAUAGUAAUAGAGAGAUUGAUCUCUCUGCUUGUUUGACCAUUUUUGGUUCACUCUGGCUGGCUUCCUUUGUUCUGUUUCUCAUAAAAAAAUAUAUUAUGAUUCAUGAAUGUACAUCGUAUUUCUGAUAAUUCCUUCUCAUUUGAUAGUAUUUUAGUUUUUUUUACA